UGAAAGAAUGCCUUGGGUUCCUCCCUUUUCCCGUGUCCUUUCUUCAGAAUUUCCAUCUACUCAAUUAACAUCGGUGUCGGAGGAGAAAUGCUGCUCUGCUUUGGCCCGGACGGAAGCUAAUCGUUGUAAUUUUUUGGAGCAUUAUAUUUUGGCUUGCCGUCGGAGGCGCGAGAAAUCAAUCGCCUUUCCUAGUGUACAGAUUGCGGAAAAAUGAUAAAUACUGCUGUUACAACUGAGCCCUAACCCUAAGUCUCUAGUAAGUAAAACUGUAGUAGUAGUAAAAAUCAGGAGUAGAUGGGCGCUAGCAGCGAUCCCACCCAAGAUGGGUCUGACGAACAGCAGCGAAGGUCGGAGAUCUACACCUACGAGGCGCCGUGGCACAUAUACGCCAUGAACUGGAGCGUCCGCAGGGACAAGAAAUACCGGUUAGCCAUCUCCAGCCUCAUGGAGCAGUAUCCCAACCGCCUGGAAAUCGUCCAGCUCGACGACACCAACGGCGAGAUUCGCUCCGACCCCAACCUCUGCUUCGAGCACCCCUAUCCCCCUACCAAGGUUAUCUUCAUCCCUGACAAGGAGUGCCAGAAGCCCGACCUCCUCGCCACCUCCAGUGACUACCUCCGGGUCUGGAGGGUCGCCGACGAUGGAACCCGCGUCGACAUGAAGAGCCUCCUCAACAACAACCGCAACAGCGAGUUCUCCGGCCCCCUCACCUCCUUCGACUGGAACGAGGCCGAGCCCAAGCGCAUCGGCACCUCCAGCAUCGACACCACCUGCACCAUCUGGGACAUCGACCGCGAGACCGUCGACACCCAGCUCAUCGCCCACGACAAGGAGGUCUAUGACAUCGCUUGGGGCGGCGUCGGCGUCUUUGCCUCCGUUUCCGCUGACGGCUCCGUUAGGGUUUUCGACCUCCGCGACAAGGAGCACUCCACCAUUAUCUACGAGAGCUCCGAGCCCGAUACGCCGCUCGUCCGCCUUGGUUGGAACAAACAGGACCCCCGGUACAUGGCCACUAUCAUUAUGGACAGCGCCAAGGUAGUCGUCCUGGACAUCCGCUUCCCCACGCUUCCAGUCGUGGAGCUGCAGCGGCACCAGGCCAGUGUCAACGCCAUCGCCUGGGCUCCCCACAGCUCUUGCCACAUCUGCACUGCUGGCGAUGACUCCCAGGCCCUCAUUUGGGAUCUCUCUUCCAUGGGCCAGCCCAUUGAGGGCGGAUUGGACCCCAUUCUCGCUUAUACUGCCGGUGCCGAAAUUGAGCAGCUACAGUGGUCCUCUUCCCAGCCUGAUUGGGUUGCCAUCGCCUUCUCGAAUAAGCUUCAGAUUCUGAGGGUAUGACUCGUGUUUCAUUGUCUGGAUCCCAGGUAAUCGCUACCGUAGCUGCAAUAACCGUUUUCUUAUCCCUUGUUUGGAUUGCAUUUUCUUGGAUUUUUUUUUUCGUAGAAAAAUUACUGUAGAGGUAGGUGAGGAAAAAAGGUAACAGGGAUGAAUGGCUGUCCAAAUUUCCAGAUGUUCAAAGUCAGAAGUUCUGUUGCUUGUUUAGUUGGUCUGGUGAUGAUAAUUCAACUGUAGGUCCAGCCUCCAUGUUGUCACCUGUUAAGUAAACUCCAACUUAGGUUUUGUGGCCUUUACAACGCACUGACUAGGAGUAGAUAUAUCCCGUUAAAGACCUGAGAGAGAGCUUAAGAAUGAAUUCCAGAAACGUCAAUUGUGAUUUUGGUGUGUGAUAGAGAAACAUUGCAAGGUCAAGUGUUUCCAUUUAAAAUUUCUGCACCGACGCGAUAUUAUCCAAUCUUCUUUUUAUGUCAUUUUUGGUCUGUGUAAAGUUAGCACUCUGCAUCCUCAAUUUGUUAUGCUCAUGGGGAAUUUUUUGGGCAAGAUGGUCUGUACCAGUUGGGGUUUGUUGUACAAUUUGAGUUAAUUCCUGGAGAACUUGUUACCGGGGAUCUUUUGUCCUAAUGUCUUAGCAAGCAAGUUUUGUUAGCUGGUUCAGGAAAAAUGUACAUACAUGUAAACAAGAGCACCUUGGUGUAAAAGUACAUCAACAACUUCUCUAUCUUGUUUUA